GCAGGUGGGGGUAAGUUAAAGAAAUAUAGUUUUAUAAUUAUUGGCAAUUAUAAUACCACUAAAACUAGAAAUGAGUAGCUUUAAGACACAACCACUUCGUGCUAACAUUACAAAUUAAUCUUCUUUCUUCUCCCUGCCUCCGGUGCGGAGUUUGACUGUGAACGUUACAUCCCUGGUUUUCUCCCUUCAGCCUCUGUGUGUCUCUGCCGCUCACACACACACACACACAGGAGACUACAAGCAGGAAGUAGAAAAAAAGCAGACAGCAGCUGAUGAAAAUAAGGAAGUAAACGCUGUCGGAACGAAGCUGGAGUCUCUUUUUGCUGCUAUAAAGUGAAAGUAGAUCUGUCGACAGCUUAAUAAUAGACCCAGAGCACAACAGCUGUGCUAAGGAAGUUAGCUGUCAAGCUAACUCCUCCACUGACUCCACAUUACCUCAAAACAAGCCCUAGACAAGAAAAGCAGAAGGGGGGGAGGAAGACACAGACGAACCUGCUCCUGUUAUCCCCACAGUAAUUAUCAGCCGCCAUGGACCACAAAGGGGAACCCCAGGAAGGAGCUAUGGAGCUGAAACACGAGGAGCUGCCACAGAUGGACGGAUCAUGUGAUGCGUGCGAGCCCGACGAAGCCAAACCGGCCACACAAGUGUGCUACAUCUGCAGCUUUGCCUUCUGCCCCCUCCACGCUGACAGGCAUGCCAGCAGUACACAUCACCCCAUAAUGCCUUAUAACCACGAGGAGACACAAGCUAAUGGACUUGGCACCAAAAGAGACUCCAGAGUGGGAGAUGGAGCUGAGGAUGAGGUUGGUGUGGAGAGGGCAGCUGGAAUGGGCGCUAAUCAGGGAAUGGCACUACUUGGAGUGGCAAUGGCUAAUGGCGGUGAGAGCAGUGAUGCUGGGGACAGGGCGGGAGCCCAGAAUGGCCUGCAGCAGGAGGCUGAGCUGGAUGAUGGAGCCGAGGGUGCGGAAGCAGGGCAGGAGGCCGUGGCAGCUGGAGAGGCUGGGAAGAGGGACACAGUGACAGUAGAGAGACUGCGCUGCAAGGAGCACAAACAGGAGGGCUCCUUGUACUGCAAACCAGAUGAGAAGAUCAUCUGUGUGGUGUGUGCGGUGCAGGGUGAGCACCGCGACCAUGAGAUCAUCACCCUGCACGAGGCUUAUGUGUGGCAGAAGAGCCGGCAAGGUUACGACCUACUGGGCUGUACACAACAGAUGGCUGAGAAUGUCAAGACCAAGUGGACCAACCCUGAGAUGUCGACGGAGGAGCUCGAGGCCUACGUGAACAGCCAGUUCGAUGAGCUCCGCAGACUGGUGCGCCUGGAGGAGAAGAGGACCCUUCACCUGGUGGACCUCAAAGAGGCCUUUCUGACGGCAUCUGCCGCUGAGAAAAUCGCGGAGAUCUCCGUCGAAACGGAACGCCUGCAGGAAGAGAUGGCCAACAUCACACACCAACUGUGCCUGCUGGAACAGGCCGAGGCGAUAGGUCCUGUGGCAGCAGCAGAGGCCCUCGUUGCAGCGCCUGGACCAGCCCACAGAGUGCAGCACGACAUUGAGGCCAGGCCAAGGCUACCAGAGCCGAGGGCAGACCCAGUGAAUCCGCGGGACUUUGAUGACAAUGAUUCCGGACCAUCCAUGGACCACGCCCCCUGAUACCGGCAGACCAGACCCCUACUACAUCCACCUGUCCUUCAAUGUCUGCUUCAGGCAGCCGUCAGCCCCGUCGAGCUGUCAGCCUGGCCCUCUCCCUCUCUCUCUCUCUCUGUCAGCCAUCUCCCUUUUUACCCACGCUCCCCCUCCUCCCCAGAGCCUGCUGGCAGUGAACUGACCUUGAAGAGGGCUUGCUGUGACAAAUAUGGAUGGCCACGUCUUUUCUGCUCUCAAACUUUUUUAAUUCCUCACUAGCUACUAACUUUCUUUAAUUGAAGCACGCAAGUUAUGUGCAAUCAAUUACCAUCAGGCUCAAUUUCCACAGCCAGUCAGAUCCUUGGCUUACUGGUGAGCCUGGCUGCCUCAGACAGGAGCCCGGGUAGGCAGCCGAGCGGAGCAUCUGUUAAGCCCAACAGAUGUCAGAAUUGGGAGAUUCUGUGGCACGGCGCGCCUCACUCUUCAUUUAUGCACAAUAUCAUUUUGUUUCUGUCGUAUUUUUUGACAAACAUUCUGGACCCUCCCAGACAUAGAAAGGGAACAUUUUUCAGAUGCCACAAUGCCUUACAUUUAAAGAGAAUAUAUUACAGAGGCGAUCCGGGUUUUAUAUUUUGAUUGUAAAAGUGUCUUGUUCUGUAAUGUUGUCUCUUGUAUUUCCCACCGUCCUGUUGCCUUCACCCCUCCUCUCCCCACAGCCUCUGCCCUACCCGCUGAGUUUUUAUGCUUGUAGAUCUGCACGCAUUUCCUCGUGUGCUUGUCAGAUCCAUUAUCAGGAGCGGGGGACAUUUUGACACCUAUUGAUUGGCGAAUGUUGCUGAGUCUUUGUUAGGUGAAAAUCGAACCGUAAUUUGACUGUGCAAAAUAGCACUCCCGCGGUAUCAGCUAUCUAUGCGCUGUAAUGUAAAGGCUCAUUACUCCUGGCCAAUCUGCAGCGUUUGACGGAUUGCAAUCUAGACGAGUGUACGCACUUUUUACCUUGACCCGCUCAGCCGUGGCUUUCAUUCAUGAUGUACCGCCGCGAGUCUGUCUGUGUCAGCAGUUUGUUUUUAAUGUGAUUGAUUCUGUUGCCUUAAAUCCAAAAUUGAAAGCGGUGUCACCUGCAAUAUGUGGGACAUGUUUGACAACAACAUGACUUUACUGUACUGUAGCACUGCACUAAGAUGCACCAAGAGUAGUAAACCCACCCAAGGGAAUUGUCAGUGUGUCAACAGCCUAUUGAAAUAACUCCAACAGCUCAGUCUUUAUUCUAGUGUAACAUCAGACAAAAGUCUGACUGUCUGAUGUCUCUUUUUGUUUUUAUUUGUCUAUUUUGGUCUUAAAUCUAUAAAUAAACAGCCACUUUCUUAGA